UUCCGAUCUCUCUCACGUUGCCAACGUUGAGCGGGGCCCUCUUAUUCAGAAUCUAACAAAUCUCUUUCACUCUCUGUUUCUGCUCUCAUCCUUCAUCCAUCUCUCAUCAUUUUUUGGUUAUCGAUCUCUCUUGGUAUCUCGCUAACGAUCGAGAGCAACUUGGAAUUCGUAGAGCCUGGAUCGCACCGAUUGGAUCUUCUCCGGUUAGAUUAAAAAAUUCGGCAAAAUGAAUGACGCAGAUGUUUCCAAGCAGAUCCAGCAGAUGGUGAGGUUCAUCCGCCAGGAAGCGGAGGAAAAGGCCAACGAGAUCUCCGUCUCCGCUGAAGAAGAAUUCAAUAUUGAAAAGCUGCAGCUGGUUGAGGCAGAGAAGAAGAAGAUCAGGCAAGAGUACGAGAAGAAGGAGAAGCAAGUUGAAAUUCGGAAGAAGAUCGAGUACUCCAUGCAGCUCAAUGCUUCUCGUAUCAAAGUUCUGCAAGCUCAGGAUGACGUAGUAAACUCUAUGAAAGAGGCAGCAUCAAAAGAACUUCUGAAUGUAAGCCAGAAUGAACAUGUCUACAAAAAUCUUUUGAAGGAUCUCAUUGUUCAGAGCUUGCUUCGACUGAAAGAGCCCGCUGUUUUAUUGCGAUGCCGCGAAAGUGAUGUCCAUUUGGUGGAGGCUGUGCUGCGUUCAGCAGCCGUGGAGUAUGCAGAGAAAGUAAAAGUUCACGAGCCAGAAAUUAUUGUUGAUCAUGUCCAUCUUCCACCUGGUCCAAGCCAUCACCAUCAUCACGGUCUUUUUUGCUCUGGAGGUGUAGUAUUGGCAUCUCGAGAUGGGAAGAUUGUCUGUGAGAACACCCUUGAUGCUAGAUUGGAUGUUGUGUUCCGUAAAAAGCUUCCAGAGAUCCGAAAAAGCCUUUUCAGUCAAGCUGAUGCAUGAUGGACUAGAUUUCGACUCUAUCACGGUGCUUCCUGUGAAAUAAUUUAUGAGUCCAAAUUAUUUGGUAUUUGAUGGGAAUUAUAUGUCCCAAAUGUUGCAUAUCAAUAAGUAUUACAUUCUUUGAUUUUCUUUAUCUGAUAGUUACUAUGUUCUUGGGUUGAGCUCUACGGGGAGGGAGGUAGCUGCCCCUAUCGACUCGAUAAUAUCUCAGGUAUCAAUAAUAUUCCCGCUUGAUAUAUCGGUUUCCUUCUUCAAGUCGGGAUGGCAUUUUUAGUCUAGUAUAUUUUUGUAUGCACAUCAUUCAGACUAUCAUCCUUAAUAAUGUAAUGUGACAUUGUUGCUUCAAGUAAGUUAUUUCACUUGCAUUAAGUUUUGUA